AUGAUGUAAUACAAACUAUUGCGUAAACGAACUUUUGAAUAAUGGUUACAAUGCGGCACGAAUUCGUCGCAAUUUCGUUUGACCGACGUUUUUAAACCAAACUUGCUUUUUCUAGCCCAGUCACAAAAAAACACAAAAUUAAAUACUACUCAAACCCAAACCAGUUCAAAGUAGUGCAAAUGUACCACCCUUCAAGUCUUAACAAUUAACUCUUGUUUUUCGUACUAAACCGGUGUUAAUUUAAGUACUGUGUUAUGUAAAUUGGUCAUAAUGAACGUCCUGCGAAAAUUCCCACCAUCCAGUCAAAGUUCAUGUUUCAAGAGAUUUUUGUCGUCCAAACAACCCAGCGAGGCUUUAAAACAGCACCAGGCCAAAAUCAUGGGUCGCGGGCUCCCCACUAAAAAACCCAUCGAUGGGGUUAAGCACGUCAUCGUAGUUUCGUCUGGUAAAGCCGGCGUUGGAAAAAGUACAACUUCAGUGAAUUUAGCCGCAGGUCUCAAACUAGCUUAUCCCGAUUCGGACGUAGGGUUGCUCGAUGUGGAUGUGUUCGGGCCGUCCAUACCCUUGAUGAUGAAUCUGCACGAUACGCUGCUAUUAAACGAAAAAAAUUUGAUGGUGCCUUUGGUUAAUUAUGGAGUGAAAUGGUGGGUCCAAACGUUGUUAAUUUUUUGGGAUUUUCGGAUUUUUUAAAUUUUCUGGAUCAUGUGGUUUAUAUGGAUUUCUUGUACUUUUUGGAUUUUUGAAUUUUCUGGAUUUUUUGAUUUUUUGAUUUCCAGGAUUUUCAGGAUUUUCUGGAUUGCUUGGGUUCUCUAGAUUUCUGAUUAUUUUUAAUUUUUUAGAUUCUCUUGGGUUUUUAAGAAUUUUUGGAUUUUGUUUUUUUUUUUUGGACAUUUUCGAUUUUUUUGGAUUGUCGGAUUUCUGGAUUCUCUUAAAUAUUUUGAAUUUUCUGGAUUUUUAGGUUUUUAUAAAUUUUCUGGAUUUCCUGAAUUUGGAUUUUUUGGAAUUUUCUGGAGUUUCUAGAUUGUUUGGAUUUUAUAGAAUUUUUACGAUUUUCUGAUUAUUCGGACUUUUUUAUUUUUUAGAUUCUUUCGGAUUCUUUAAAAUUUUUGGAUUUCAUGGAUUUUUUGGGAUUUUCGGAUUCUCUCGAAUUUUUUUAAUUACCUGAAUUUUUUAUUUCUUGGAUUUUCUGGAUUGUUUGGAAUUUUUGGAUUUUAUGACUUUUUGGACUUUCUAGUUUUUCUGAAUUGUUUAGAUUUGUUGGAUUCUUUUUUAUUUCUUGGACUUUUUGGGUUUUCUAGAUUUUUUGAAUUCUUUUUUGGACUUUUUGGGUUUUCCGGGUUUUCUGGAUUGUGUGGAUUAUUUGAAAUUUUUGAUAUUUUCUGGAUUUCUGGAUUUUUAAUUUUUUUGGGUUUGGAUUUUUGAAUUUUUUGGAUUUUCUAGAUCGUUUGGAUUU